UUAUCCUCGAGGUUGACCGGGUUGUCCUCGCAGUCCUCCUCCUCCUCCUAGUUUUAAGCCGCCCUGGCGCGCGUACGUAGCAACGCAGCAGACUGCCUCCGCUCUAAUCUCAAGCUGUGAACCAUGGCCGUGCCAUGCGUCCGCCUCGCCCUCCUCCUCUGUUUGAUGAUCCCAGCCACCGUCGCCUCACCUCGGAGCCUACGCAAAUCCCCAGCCAACGCGUCGGCGUCGCGGCCGACCGCCUUCUUCGAGGUGGACCGCCCGCCACGCGGCGGCUCCGGCCGCCGGUGCUCCACGCUCCUGAUGUCCGCCUCCUUCGGCUCCACCUUCGACAAGCCCCCCGCCACCGCCGCCUAUUCCCCGCCGCGCUGCCUCCUCAAGGCGGGCGGCCGCGCCUCGGCCAUCUCCCUCGCGGUGCUCGAGUGGCGCGCCGCCUGCCGGGGACCCCAGCUCGACAGGAUCUUCGGCGUCUGGCUCGGCGGCGCCGAGCUCCUCCGCGGCAGCACCGCCGCGCCGCCGCCCAACGGCAUCGUCUGGUCCGUCUCCAAGGACGUCACCAAGUACGCGUCCCUCCUCGCCGCCGCCGGCAACUCCACCUUCGCCGUCUACCUCGGCAACCUCGUCAACGCCACGCUCACCGGCGUGUACCAUGCCAACGUCACGCUCCACCUCUACAUCCGCCGCACGCCGACGACCAAGCCGCCGCCCGCCAUGGCUCCCGCCGACCUCAUCGUCCCGAUGUCGCGACCCCUCCCUCUGAACGGCGGGCUGUGGUUCCCGAUUCAGAGCGCCGCCGACGUCGCAUCCAAGAGCGUCGCGCUGCCAUCCAACACCUACCGCGCGGUCCUCGAACUCUACUUCUCGUUCCACGAAGACGACGAGUUAUGGUACAAGAACCAGCCCGGGUACCAGAACGGCCCGUUCCGCGAGGUCACCGCUCGCGUCGACGCUGUCCUCGCCGGCUCCGUGUGCCCGUUCCCCGUCAUCUACCCCGGCGGCAUCCACCCCCUCCUAUGGAGGCCAAUCGCCCCCAUCGGCUCCUUCAACCUCCCCACGUACGACAUCGAGCUCACGCCUUUCCUUGGCAAGCUGCUAGACGGCAAGGCGCACGAGUUCGCGUUUGCGGUCACCAACGCCGUGGGCGUGUGGUACGUCGGCGCCAACCUCCACCUCUGGCUGGAUCCCGGGGGCACGUCGACGACGGCGGGCCUCGUGAGCUACGCCGCGCCGCCGGCGAACACGACGUCGUCCAAGUCCGACGACCCCGUCGACACCCACUACCACGCGACGGCGAACCGGCUCGUCUCCGCCACCGGGUGGGUCAAGUCAUCGUACGGGAAUAUAACGACCAACGCCACGCGGACGUUCGCCCUCGAGUACCUCCUCACCUUCGAGACGCUGGACCUGACCAUCGUUGCGGACACCGGCGUCGUCGCCACGGACGGCGCCGGCGGCGUCCUGUACUCGGCGCAGACGCACGGGAACUUCCCGCUUGGCUGGGUCUAUCAACAGAAUAGUCUAACCGUCACGCACGGGUUGGAGGAGACGACGGUGGCCGCCGGCCAGUGGUCGUCGGCGCCGCCGUACCAGUCGUUGCGCAUCACACAGAGCAGCCUCGUGGAGGACGAGGAGGGAGGCGGCAAGUCAUGGGGCGUCCGGCAGACAUACAGGUACAACGCCACCGACGGGUGCUACUUCAGAAACGUGACCAGCAGCAACUACAGCGUCGUGUCGGACCACUCCAAUGAGUUCUGCGUGAAGGGGGCGGCAUCCGCCGAAGUUGGCGCUGUCACGGCCGCGCUACUGGCGAUGAAUCUUCCAUAGUUACUUUUAACUUUUCCCCGUACCGACAUUUGGCAACUUCAAGAGAUUCUGGGUUUGAAACGUGAACCUUUGUGGAGAACGGAUUGUUGCUUUAAGAUGUGUGCCAUGACA